AUCCAAGUGAACAAAUCCAAUCUCUCUCUCAAUCUCACCUUCUUUCUCUGCGAUUUUUUCUUCAAUUUCCAGAUCACGAAACUAAAGAAGAUGGAGAAAGCGAUCAGCAGACAGAAGAUUUUGCUUCAUCAUCUCAACCCUUCAUCGUCUACCCACGUCAACGAAUCAUCCUCCCUCUAUGCUUCAGCAUGUGUGGCGGGGGACAGCGCUGCUUAUCAAAGGACAUCGACAUUCAGGGAUGAUGUUGUGAUCGUGGCUGCUUAUCGGACUGCUCAUUGCAAAGGUAAACGUGGUGGUUUCAAAGAUACUCUUCCUGAUGAUCUACUGGCUCCUGUUUUGAAGGCUGUAAUUGAGAGAACCAAUGUGAACCCCAGCGAAGUUGGGGAUAUUGUCGUAGGGAGUGUAUUGGCUCCUGGAGCUCAAAGAGCUAGUGAAUGCCGAAUGGCUGCAUUUUAUGCUGGUUUUCCUGAAACUGUGCCUGUUAGGACUGUUAAUAGGCAAUGUUCAUCUGGGCUCCAGGCUGUUGCUGAUGUAGCUGCUGCUAUAAGGGCUGGGUUCUAUGACAUUGGUAUUGGUGCCGGUUUGGAAUCUAUGACAACUAAUCCAAUGGGAUGGGAUGGAUCAGUGAAUCCUAAGGUAAAAAUGUUUGAACAAGCACAAAACUGCCUUCUUCCUAUGGGAAUUACCUCCGAAAAUGUUGCACAGCGCUUUGGGGUUUCAAGGAAGGAACAAGACCAGGCCGCAGUUGAGUCUCACAGGCGAGCUGCCGCAGCUACUGCUUCUGGUAAAUUUAAAGAUGAAAUUGUCCCAGUUACCACUAAGAUUGUGGACCCAAAAACUGGUGAGGAGAAAUCUGUCACCAUUUCUGUUGAUGAUGGAAUUCGACCUGGCACAACAGUGUCUGAUCUAGGAAGGCUCAAACCUGUGUUCAAGAAAGACGGAAGCACUACUGCUGGUAAUUCUAGUCAGGUGAGUGAUGGUGCUGCAGCUGUUCUGCUGAUGAAAAGAAGUGUUGCGUUGCAAAAGGGGCUACCCAUUCUUGGUGUAUUCAGGACUUUCGCAGCAGUUGGUGUUGAUCCUGCCAUAAUGGGUGUUGGUCCUGCUGCUGCAAUUCCUGUUGCUGUUAAGGCUGCAGGUCUAGAGCUUGAUGAUAUUGAUCUUUUUGAAAUAAAUGAGGCAUUUGCUUCCCAGUUCGUAUAUUGUCGUAACAAUCUAGGGCUUGAUCCAGAAAAGAUCAAUGUUAAUGGAGGUGCAAUGGCAAUUGGACAUCCUCUGGGUUCAACAGGAAUGUGGUACGGGUUGGACGAUUGGCAUAGGAAUUGAAUCUCAUGGUCUUUACUACCUCAAGCCUAAUCUUUCUUGGGUUUGUAGUGCUGUCACAUCUCCAAAGCUCCUUCAUGAACGUUUGGGACACCCACAUUUAUCUAAAUUAAAAAUAAUGGUUCCGAGUCUUGAAAAAAUAAAGGACCUAUUUUGUGAGUCAUGUCAACUAGGAAAACAUGUCCGUUCUUCUUUUAGGCAUGUUGAAAGUCGUGUUGAUUCCCCUUUUUUGGUUAUUCACUUUGAUAUAUGGGGUCCUAAUCGUGUUUCGUCUAUGAGUUAUAGAUAUUUUGUUACUUUCAUUGAUGAAUUUUCUCAAUGUACUAGGGUUUUCUUAAUGAAAGAACGAUCUGAAAUUUUGUCCUUUCUCACUUCUGUUAAUAAAAUUAAAACUCAGUUUGGUAAGACAAUUAAGAUCCUUAGGAGUGAUAAUGCGAAAGAAUACUUUUCUUCUGUUAUUUCUCCUUUUUUGUCAGCGCAGGGCAUUCUCCAUCAGUUCUCUUGUCCUCAUACUCCUCAACAGAAUGACAUUGCCGAAAGGAAGAAUAGACAUCUUGUUGAGACUGCUCGGACAUUAUUACUUCAUGCCAAUGAACCUAUCCACAUUGGGGUGAUGCAGUUUUGUCAGCCUGUUUUUUGAUAAAUUGGAUGCCUUCUUCCUCUAUUAAAAAAAAUAUCACAUUCCAUUUUGUUUCCUAAAGAACCGUUGUUUCAUGUUGAUCCACGUAUUUUUGGAUGCACUGUUUUGUUCAUAAAUUGUCUCGAGGUCUUAAUAAGCUUGCUGCUCAAGCCAUCAAAUGUGUUUUCCUUGGAUAUUCCAGAUUACAGAAAGGUUGCCGAUGUUACUCUCCUGUUCACAAUCAUUAUUAUGUCUUUGCAGAUGUAACAUUUUUUUGAAGAAAAACUAUACUUUGCUCCCUCCAUGGUUGAGGCCAAUACUCUUCAAGAAAUUUUUCCUAUUUCCUAUCUUGGUCCAUCACCUUCUUUGCAGGAAUCAGAGUCAACUGUAGAUUCUACCAUAGAUAUUCUUGACAUCCUUCACUUGAGCAGACUCAAAGAUCACCCAUUGAAUAUUGAUGUCAUCCUCGAAUUCCUGACGCAGAACUUGAAGGUAAUGAAAGACCAGUUGAAUCAUGUCCUACUCCGGCAGACAACCUGACCAUGGACCUACCCGAAGAGAAUCUUGACUUGCCCAUUGCUCUUAGGAAAGAUACUCUGUCUACACGUAAUUCUUAUUCUAUUUAUAACUUCUUAAGUUAUCAUUGUCUCUCUUCUUCGUACCAUUCUUUUGUUUUCUCUUUAUCUUCUGUUUCUCUUUCUAAAAAUCUUUGUGAAGCACUUGAUCAUCCAGGAUGGUGACAAGACAUGAUUGAUGAAAUGCAAGCUUUGGAGCUUAAUGAUACUUGGGAGUUAGUUCCUCUUCCCCCAGGCAAGAAACCUGUUGGUUGUUGAUGGGUAUAUGUUAUAAAAGUUGGGGCCAAUGGACAGAUUGAUCGCCUCAAAGCUCGAUUGGUAGCCGAAGGUUAUACUCAGAUUUAUGGUCUAGAUUAUGGAGAUACUUUCUUCCCUGUGGCUAAAAUUACUUCUGUUCGACUCUUUCUUGCCAUAGUUGUCAUCCGUCAUUGGCCACUAUAUCAGUUGGAUAUUAAAAAUGCAUUCCUACAUGGGGAAUUAGAAGAAGAGAUUUAUAUGGAGCAAUCACUGGGAUUUGUUGCUCAGGAGGAGUCUAGCUUGGUUUGCUCAGGAGGAGUCUGUUUUUGGAAAAUUCAGCUCAGUUGUUUAGGCUUUUGGGAUGAAACGAAGUGAAGCGGACCAUUUAGUUUUUUAUUAUCGUACUCAUCAAGUAGAUGUGUUUACUUGAUGGUCUAUGUAGAUGAUAUAGUCAUCACAGGAAAUGACCAAGGAAAAAUUGCUCAACUGAAGGGACACUUAUUUAGUCAUUUUCAGACUAAGGAUUUGGGAAAAUUUGAAUAUUUUCUUGGAAUUGAAGUUGCUCAGUCAAAAGAUGGGAUUAUCAUCUCACAAAGGAAGUAUGCAUUAGACAUACUGGUAUGUCAGAUUGUAGACCAAUUGAUAGUCUCAUGGAUCUAAAUCAAAAAUUGCUACCUAAUCAGGGGAAGCCUUAUUCUGAUUCUGAAAGAUAUCGGAUAUUGGUUGGGAAGCUUAUCUACCUCACUAUUACAAGGCCAAAUAUUUCCUUUGCAGUUGGAGUGGUGAGUCAAUUCAUGCAAUCUCCUCAUAAUGAUCAUCGGGAUGCAGUAAUUCGAAUUUUGAGAUACAUUAAAAGGACCCCAUGACAAGGACUACUCUAUGAAGACAAAGGAAGCACUCAAAUAGUUGGAUUUUGCGAUGCAAAUUGGGCAGUAUCACCCAUUGAUAGGCGUUCCACUUUAGGAUAUUGCGUGUCUAUUGGAGAAAAUCUUGUCUUAUGGAAGAGUAAUAAGUAAAAUGUUGUUGCAAGGUCUAGUGCAGAGGCUGAAUAUAAAGCUAUGACUGUAGCCACAUGUGAGCUCAUUUGGAUUAAACAACUUCUUCAAGAAUUGAAGUUUGGAAGUACUCAACAAAUGAAGCUAUGUUGUGAUAAUCAGGCAGCCCUACAUAUAGCUUCCAAUCCAGUAUUUCAUGAGAGAACUAAACAUAUUGAGAUUGAUUGUCAUUUUGUCCGGGAGAAAGUCUUUUCUAAGGAGGUUAUUAUUGAAUUCGUUAGUUCUAAUGAUCAACUAGCAAACAUCUUUACAAAAUCUCUAAGGGGACCAAGAAUUCAAAAUAUUUGUUCAAAGCUUGGAGCAUUUGAGUUAUAUGCUUCAACUUGAGGGGAAGCGUUGGAAUUUCACAUAUUGUAUGAGUAGUUAUUUCACACAUUGUAUGGGUAGUUGUUCCAACAAAGAAUAAUUAUUAAUGUACCUAGUUAGUCACAUAUUCAUGUAUCUAAAAAUUCACAUGCAUGUACAUAGGUACUAGAACUUCAUUAAUAUUCUUGUAAAUUUCACAUUGUAUUUACUCUCUAUGUCUAUAUAAAUAUAGAUCAGCUGAGUGGGUUAAGCACUCAAGCAUUUCACAACCUCUAGUCUCUUCAAUAAUUAGAAACCGGAUGAAAGCUUCAUCCUAUCCCAAGUGAAAUCGAAUGCUUCAUUCCUAUCCCAAGUCCAAAAUUAGUGUACAGAUACCGUAAGAUAUAUCCUAUAGAAAUAUAAGAACAUAAUGAAUAAAGUAAUUGAAUCAUCAGAUUACCUACUCUUAAUUGGGCAUUGGGAAUGUAUCUAGUACCCAAUAAAAACAGGUAUUCAAUAUAUAAAUGUGAAUCACAACCAUUUAGGAGUUCUAUGCAUCAUACACCACAUCCCUCUCAUGACUAGAACUCUACCUGGAACACAAUUAUUGUCACCGGUACUUGUCUAAUACCAAUAAUACAGAACAUUCUUAUUGUCU